GUGAAAGAAACAAUCAAAGAGCGAUUAUUAGCUGAAGCAACUCAAUAUGCUGGCACAGCAGUUACCUUCACUUUAAUUGAGUAUGUACGCGAAAAUUUUGAGGAAUUAACAAAAGAUCAGGUACCACGCAAAUCUUUGUUUUUUUUUGGUUUUGCAUUUUUUUACAUUGAUAUCGUUGAGGACGAUGAAACAAAAGAGGAAAGCAUUGAAAAGCAGAACAGUGAUGAUGAUGUUCAAAAUGUUAUUGGUGGUACCAAAAAACUGCAGAUGACAAAAGCGCAAAAAAGGCGUAUGUGGGAUCAUACGGAUGCAAGUAAACUAGGCGAAAAGGAACGUGGUUGGAAUUGGGUGGAUAUCAUCAAGCAUUUAUCGCAAACACGUGACGCACCUUGA